AUGAUGUUGGUUUUUGUCACACGUGCCCAGCAUGCAUGCAGGCGACGUGAAGCAUGUCCGUUGUGGCUCAAUCCAAGCAGCGAAGCCCGUUCCUUCCAUCUUGUGAGCCAAGCGAUGCCUCCGAGGUGGAAAGGCUAUGGUGGCGGCGGCGGCGGUGGUGGCGACUGGCAGGAGGAUCAUAUCUCCAAUGCCGUGACCCAGGCCAUCGCGCCGAUCCUUUCCAAAGAAACGGAGUGGGACCAGGCCAAGCUUGAGAAGAGGUUAAAGCAAUACUUCAGAAAUGCAGCGAAGGGUCUCGAGUUCUACUCGAAGAGCUGGGACGUGCUGAUCGAGGAAUACUCGGACACGGUCUUCGCUUCGCUUUUCCAGGCUCUGAAGGAUCGGCCCUGGUUGCCAGAGGUGGACUUUCUGAUGGUCAUAGAUGCGGCGGUGAAGGAGCUCUUUCCGCCCCAGUUGCUGCAGAACGUGCCGCAGCCCGAGUUUGAGCGGCAGGUGCUCCAUGCGCACGACCGUGCCUUCGAGGAGCAGCGAUUUGCUCCAAUGCUGUGGGACAUUCUGUUCGAGAAGAUUCAAGACAAGCCGCUCAAAAGCAAGGUCUACAAUGCUUUUGAGGCAGGCAGAAGAGAAGCUGCACUGUCCAGCGCCGGCAAUGGAGGAAGCCCAGUGGAAGAUUUCAUUCAAGCUUGGGUUGCUUCAUCUUUGCGAGAGCUGCAACAGGGCAACAUGUCUCUGGGCGAGCAGCUGCCGCUAGAGCUUUGCAAAGACAUUUUCCGCGAGCUUCUGGAGGCAGGAGCUCUGCCGCUCCCGUUGACGCAGGAGACAGGCCUGCAGCACAGGGGAAGUGAUGGGAGGGGAAACGGAGACAGCCAGUAUCCUGCCGUGACCUUCGAUGUUGCCUGUGAUUGCAAGGACGUCUACGCCGGAAACGUUGAGCUACCGCCCCCUGCAGUUGACAGAGGCGAACUGCCUGGCCUUGCUUUGUCGUAA